AUGAGGGUGACAGGAAACAGGAAUGAGCAGAGCGGCUCUCGCUUUGCCUCCCUUGCAGCAGAACUAGAAGAAACAAAACAAAACCUUGAGAAAGCAGAAGAAGAAAGAUUAGAAAUGGCAAACUACCUCACCUCUCUGAUACAAGAGCUAGAGGAAACAAAGACAGAGCUCAAACAACUGAAAGCUAGAGAUUUGGAGAAGCCAAGCAUAGAUCCAGAGAUUGAAGACAUCAAAUUUGUAGAAAAUACAACAGAAAUUGAGAUCGAAGGACCAGUAGUCAAGGAAGAUAUUGGAACUCAAAGAAAGAAGUAUGUCAAAUUCGCCAACCCACCAUCUCUGGCAAGAGUCAUGAGCACCGAGGAGCAAGUUUUGGAUAGAAAAUUCUCGAAUGGAAGGGAAACAUUACAGAUGAGAAAGAAACAGAAGAAGAAGAAGAAGAAGCCACUUCUGCCUUUAAUCGUAUCGGUGUUUUUGAAGAAGAAGAAGAGCCAGCAAGGUGAAGCACCAGUUCGAGCUCAUGGGAUGCAGACAGCU